AUGCCCAAGGGCAGGUGGUCCCACCCCAGCGAGCAGCAUGUCGGCGCCUGGUUUGCUCAUGUUGAAGUAUGCCAGAGUCAACCUGAGUCAACUACAGGCUAUGCACUAAAGCAGGUCCAGAACCCAGGAGCAGCUCAGUAUAUUGAGGAUAGAUUGCCGCUAGCAUACAGAACUCGGGAGCAGAAAGCAGCGAACAACAUUUUCCCAUUUUCUUGUCAUGACAACAGACACUGUCUACAGAAUGUAGGAGAGUAUUUUGAUUUUGGCAUGGGUCGGAGGAAGGUGGAACCAGAGAGACGGCAACAGAACUCACAGAACUUCUACCUGUGGGCUCAUGGAUCCAUUCCUAGCAGUGAGGAUGGUUUUACCAUUUAUCAGACAUCAUUUGUGAAAGAUCUAAGUACUGAGAGCCCAUUUUGUAGGCGGUAUCCAAAACACCACUCACAAAAACGUUGCACUGACAAACCCAUUCCUGAGAAUGAAAACCUGCAGCCAAACAAGUCAUCUUACUUAUAA